GUAAAGCAAAGUAGUGGAAGAGCCACAAAAACCCGCAUGUGUGCAUAUGUGUACUUACUGUUAAUGGGCAGUUCCUAAAAUACACCACAGCAUUAAACUACUUUUACUUUCAAUACCUUUACUUUUCUCUAUUUGUUGCUUUUUCUGUCUUCCCAUUCCCUAAUAUUCAUCUCAGUAUUACCCCAAAAAGUGAAGUUAAUUUCUUUGCACUGAUUUUCAGACACUUGAAAAUUUUUAUAAUAAACAUUGAGAAAUUCCUGAGAAAUCCUGAACAAAAUAAAAACUGAAAGUGAAGGGCCUUGACAUUACAGUACCUGAAUAAAGUGUGGAGUUCCAGAUGUCAAGUUUUAAUUAUUUUAUAUGGUUUUUUUAAACAAAUAUGGAUUGAGGAAUGGUUUUCUAUGCAGGAGGGAGGUGAAAAUGGAGCAGCUUGGAACAGACUUAGAUACCCAGGCCAUGGGUGAGAAGGGCCCAGUCAUCAUUGUUUUAAUUAUCAGUUGCAUUCUGCAGUUUUAACAGAAUUGUCUGAAAACUGUCAAGUCUUACCUCACCUGCCCAGGAUUUUGUGGACACCAUCACUACAGAAAGGAUUUGAAAUUCAAUUUUGUUCAUAAAAACCAAGUGGAAGCUAGAGUUUUGAGUGUCAUACAAAAAGGGAACAAAUAGGAAGAAGAACGAAAACACACAAGCCAACUGACUUCACCCUCCAACCCCCCCUUUCAAAGAAAAGGAUUUACAGCUCAAACCUCGCACCAGCUGUUACCCGGCUUUAGCCGUCAAGAGAGAAAUAAAUAAAAUUAAACAACCACCGCUAGCCAGCCUCAGAUCCUGGUGAAAUCAGGGAGUGUGUUUCUGCGACUGCCUCGGGUGAGGGGGGAGGAGAGGGCCAAGCAGUGUGAGGAAGACAAGCACAUUGUUUCAGGAUAACCCCAUCCACCUGAGCGGUGACUGAAGGGGACUGCUGGACACGAGGAAGAGAUUAAAAAGGAAAAGGAGAGGAGGCUUCUUUGGGAUUUUGGUGUGGGUUUUUUCAAAGAAAUCUAAUGGCGGCCUGUUUCUGAGUUGGCCACCUUUCCUGGAGCACUCACCAGAGUGGAAAAGACUUCCUCAGUUUGGCUUCCCUCCAUUUGCUGCAGAGUCUGCAACUUCCAUUUGCCACUUUCCCCACCCUAACUUAUAAAAUCUCUUUGAAGCCAGCCUUUGCCACAAGCUGCUUGGGGAGGUGCUUCUUGCACCUGGAGUUUGGCUGCUCCCAGCUGUUGUGUUCCAGCAGUAGUUUAAAUUGGAAUUCAGUUUCCCAUUUUAUUUUUUAAGUCUCCUUCCAUACAUCCCCAAACUCUCAGGGGACGGUGUGGACUCCCUUGGCUGUGUUCUUGGGCCUCUCCCUUCAGGGAUCUGUGUGGAUCCUUCCUCUGGAUUGUUUUCUUCUGCUCCAUUUGGAACACCCUCUAAGUGUAUUUCAGGAAGUUGGGUAACUGCUUACCCCCACGACUUCUCCCUCCCAUCUUCUCCCUCUGCCCCCCUCCUUCUCCCUUCUAAAGGUCCCCUCCCCCUUUUCGUGUCCAUUCUGACUCCAGUUGGGCCUGGGCUAUGCUGCAGGGCAGAUCACCCACCAGAGCUCCAACAUGCCAGCAGCAUCUGGAAAGAGAUUCAAACCCAGCAAAUACGUCCCGGUCUCAGCUGCUGCCAUCUUCCUAGUGGGAGCCACCACCCUCUUCUUUGCCUUCACGUGCCCGGGGCUGAGCCUGUACAUCUCCCCGAUCAUCCCCAUCUACAAUGCUGUUGUCUUCCUCUUCGUGCUGGCCAACUUCAGCAUGGCCACCUUCAUGGACCCGGGUAUAUUCCCACGAGCCGAGGAAGAUGAGGACAAGGAGGAUGACUUCAGAGCCCCACUCUACAAGACAGUGGAGAUCAAGGGCAUCCAGGUGCGCAUGAAAUGGUGUGCGACGUGCCGCUUCUACCGGCCCCCGCGCUGCUCCCACUGCAGCGUCUGUGACAACUGUGUGGAGGAGUUUGACCAUCACUGCCCCUGGGUGAACAACUGCAUCGGGCGGCGCAACUACCGCUACUUCUUCCUCUUCCUGCUCUCGCUCACCGUGCACAUCAUGGGCGUCUUCGGCUUUGGCCUGCUCUAUGUCCUCUACCAGGUGGAAGAGCUCUCUGGCAUCCGCAUGGCCGUCACCAUGGCUGUGAUGUGCGUGGCUGGUUUGUUCUUCAUUCCUGUAGCUGGCCUUACGGGGUUCCAUGUGGUGCUGGUAGCCAGGGGACGCACUACCAAUGAACAGGUUACGGGUAAAUUCCGGGGUGGCGUGAACCCCUUCACCAAUGGCUGCUGUAAGAACGUCAGCCGUGUUCUCUGCAGUUCCCCAGCCCCCAGAUACCUUGGACGACCAAAGGCAGAGCAGACUGUGUUGGUGAAGCCGCCCUUCCUGCGGCCUGAGGUGUCGGAUGGACAGGUCACUGUCAAGAUAAUGGACAAUGGUAUCCAGGCUGAACUGAAGAGAACAAAGUCCAAAGGAAGCCUGGAGGUGAUGGAGAGCCAGUCUGCCGACGCUGAGCCACCACCCCCACCCAAGCCAGACCUCAGCCGCUACACAGGUCUGAGGACGCACUUAACCCUGGCCACCAAUGAGGACAGCAGCUUGCUAGGCAGGGACAGUCCUCCAACUCCGACCAUGUACAAGUACCGCCCUGGCUACAGCAGCAGCAGCGCCUCAGCCGCCAUGCCGCACUCCACCAGUGCCAAGCUGAGCCGAGGGGACAGCCUGAAGGAGCCCACCUCCAUUGUCGAGAGCAGCCGGAACCCCAGCUACCGGUCGGAGCCGAGCCUGGAGCCCGAGAUCUUCCGCUCUCCCACCUUCGGCAAGAGCUUCCACUUUGACCCGCUGUCAAGCGGCUCACGCUCCUCUAGCCUCAAGUCGGCCCAGGGCACAGGCUUUGAGCUGGGCCAGCUUCAGUCGAUCCGCUCAGAGGGCACCACCUCCACCUCCUAUAAGAGUCUGGUGAAUCAGACGCGCAAUGGCAGCUUAUCCUAUGACAGCCUGCUCACCCCUUCUGAAAGCCCCGAUUUCGAGUCAGUGCAGGCUGGGCCAGAGCCGGAGCCCCCCAUGGGCUACACCUCGCCCUUCCUCUCGGCUCGCAUCACCCAGCAGCGUGAGGCCGACCUCAGCCGCUUCCCUGGUGCUGGCUCGCCCAAGCACCCACCACCCUGCGAGCCCUCGCCCAUGCGCUAUGACAAUCUCUCCCGCCACAUUGUGGCCUCCAUGCAGGAGCGGGAGAAGCUGCUGCAGCAGUCACCUACCCCACCACCCCUGGCUAGGGAGGAGGACACGGGGCUGGUAGACUCAGGCAUCCAGUCAACACCAGGCUCCAGCAACGCCCCACGCACCAGCUCCUCCUCGGACGAUUCGAAGCGCUCACCGCUGGGCAAGAACCCGCUGACCCGCCCGGUGCCACCCCGCUUCGGCAAACCGGAGCCACUCCGGGUACGCUCACCCGACCCACCCACUGCCCCACAGCUGGGCAAAGUCGUGUCUUACAGCAGCCAAAAACAGUCGCCUCAGGCCAGCAUCCCGGAGACAGAGGAGGUGGCUUUGCAGCCAUUGCUGGCGCCAAAAGACGAGGUGCAGAUGAGAACCACCUACAGCAAGUCCAAUGGGCAGCCCAAGAGUCUGGGCCCGGCCUCCCCCUCUCCUGGCCAGCCACCUCUCAGCAGCCCAACUCGAGGAGGAGUCAAGAAGGUCUCUGGAGUGGGCGGGACCACUUAUGAGAUCUCUGUAUGAGGGGCGAAGCUCUCUCCCCACUGUCGCCUACUCCCUGGCUGAUACCAGAACGCCUGGGCCCUGGUGGGCAGGGGGCAUACUCAGGAGCAAGGCACCCCUGCUCUCUCACAUGCAUGGACAUUUUCUAGAAUCCUCCAGCUGCAGGGGGAAAUAGCUGAGAGGACAGUGACCUUUUAAAAUAUGACCCCUGGGAUUUGGGACGAAGCCUUGGGCACCCCCUAAAUCAUCACAGCUGCAAUGCAGCCUGGGUCCCCCUCCUCCUCCCAACCAGCUGAGAGACUACAAAUGUAGCACAUGCUGCCGAAAGAAAGGGGGGAGGACUAUCCCGGCAGCACCCCCAGCUGGUGGGGGGAGGCGCAGCCUGCAUUUGCGCCACCACCAAUGGGCCAGACACUCGUGGACCUUGUGCAAUCACUCGCCUCGUGCGGUAGGAACGGAUCGUUUUUAAAACAAGGAUAAUUUUUUUUAUGAUUGUUACGGAUUCUAUUUUUUCCCCUCUUCUGAGUUACCAGGUGUGUGUAUAUAUAAAUAUCUAUAUAUAAAUAUAAAUAUAAAAGAAAUUAUAUAUCUACGAGAGAGAGGGAAGAAUCACCCCACAAGGGCCCAGGCCCCACGUGCCCCCUUAGGACACCCAGCCCCAGGAAGCACGACAUGGGAAUGUGUGCGUGUGUGUAUAGAGUAUAUAUGGCCAGAGGGGUGGGGGACGGGGGGUUUCUACCACUGGUGUCUGGUUAAUUCGAAAGGAGACACCUGUGGAAUUGCCAGUGUGGGAGGGAUGGGAAAGUAUUUUAUAUUUAGGGACAAACACCAGGUCCUUGCUCAUGUGAUCCCAGGCUUGACCAUUGCUCAGUGCUUCUGGGGCCUGUCCUUCCUCUAGCAACCAUGCUAGGGUCCUGGGCCCGGGCUGCCUUUUGUUUCUCAUCUCCCCCUCUCUGGCUUCUCUGGUUCCUGGGCAGAUUUCCUAUCCUGGGGAAGCAAAGCAAGGGGGGAGAGCUGGAAGGCAGCCCUCCCACCCCCAUCGUGCAGUGGUUAGGCGUGACCUCCCCUUUAGCUGGGUGGGGUGGGCAAAUCCAUGUCUCCUUUGUAUGGGUGGGUUUAAUUAAGGACUCAGUUUCCCAUUUUUACAGCCUCCAGUAUUCAGAUGGGAUGGGAUGUGUCAUGAAACUGAUUCCCAGCAAAGUGGGGAGAAUGGACUGUUGGGUUUCUUCUGUUUCCUGACGCUACCUCUUCCACAACAAACAGAUGAGCUUGCACGUGCUAGAGACAUAUCACUGGGGCUCAGAAGAGCACUGGGGGGGCUUGAGGGCUGUGUUCCCCUGUAUAGAGAUUUGACCUGUAUCUAAUCCCUCGCCCACAGACAAUUUUAGCCAUUCUUCUCUCUGAUGUUUUUACAUUUCUUAUUUUUGAUGGUUCCGUUACGGUUUCUCACUGUCACAUGAUUGUUUUUAUUUCCAAACUGGGGAAGAAUAAAAAAAGAGGAAACCAAACCAAACCCCAAAAAGCAAUAUUUUCAUGUCAUAUGCCAAAAAAUUUUUAGACAUCCACACCAAAACCCCAUGAAAAUCUAAAGCAAACCAAGCAGAAAUCCAACCUAAUCUCCAGGCACUACUUGACUCUUUCUCUAUGGCAAUAUCUCUCUUGUGGCCUCCACAGAGCCGCACUUUUAUUUUUUAUUAUGAUUAGCCAUUUUAAAAUGAGGAAUUAAAAAAAAUCUAAUAAGCCA